AUGCAGAUUGAAAAUUACAGAAAGAGAGUACUGUGCAGUGUCUUGGGAGUUCUUUUGCUUGCCAUUAAAUUUGUACUAUGUGGUUUGGUGCCGAGUACAAUGAAUAGACAGAGUGCAGAUGCACAUGUGCGGCAAGUGAAGGAGAUAAGUGGCACAAAUUCAACUAGAGAGCAUGUAAUGAAGAGUAACAUAUGCUGUAGAGAAAAGAAUGAAGAACAGGUAGAUUGGGAAUGGGCUAAUAAGGACCCUGCUAUAUUGGACAAUAGGAAGCAAGAGUUAGACAGACCAGACAGUAGAGAAGAUGCAGCAGAGAGUAAAUGCUAUAAAACAAACAAUAACUCAAGAAUGAAGAGAACUGAAGAGCUGAAAUCUAAUCCAGACGCAGUUGACAAAUACAUAGAAAGAUAUCUUGAGAUAUUCCCGUGGUAG